AUGGAACAAUUCGCCCAAUUGCUUCUGAUAUCAAUCGCCAUUUUUUCGUUGGCGAUUAUCACCGUCGAUUCAACAACUGCUGCCUACGCCAGUGAGUCAACUGACUCGACAGAUAAUAGUACCAAUAUGAAUCAAGGUGGAAGCAAUACGUCCACAACGACAGUCGGGUCGGGAACAGCCGGGAAUAGUUCCUCUAGCGCAACAAAACAUCAGCUACAACCACAAUCGCUGAUCAUACCUUUCACAAUCUUUGCAGCUUAUAUGCUACCGUUCGCUCGUCUUUUUCAUUUUAUGUAA